AGGUUUUAGGUGGUUAGGAAGUUUUAGGUUGUUAGGUUAUUUUUGGGAAAACUGUAUUUGUGUUAGUCCUUACAUACUCUUUAGUUUUAACCUGUACAAUAUGGGGAAAAGGUACUAUUGUGACUACUGUGAAAGAUCUUUCAUAGAUGAUGUGGAAUCCAGAAAAAAACAUAUAAAAUCCGUCAACCAUGAGAUAUUGAGGAAACUUCACUAUAAUGCAUUCAGAGAUUUAAAAACACUGGUGAGGGAAGAAAGAGCCAAGAUUCCUUGUAAACGGUUUAAAAACUACCAGGAAUGUUCUUUCGGUGAUAAUUGCAACUACUCGCAUUAUUCCGAGGCUGAGUUGCGAAACUUUGAGUCAAUAAUACACCAAGAGGAAUUGGAAAAGGCGAAAGUUCCAAAACUUCUAACUUUACAAGACUGGUUGGAAAAAAGGAGUUCAAGUGAAAGUCUGUCUUCCUCCACAGCCAAAAUUUUACAAACCGAGCCUAGCCGAAUUUACAACUAUCGUUUACCACCAUCUUUAAUACCUGCGACAAAGGAGCAAAUCAUGUCUUGUAAAUUAGAACAGUGGGGUUGAAACUUGAAAUUUUAUCAUUACAUUGUAUUUAUUAAUCAUUAUUGACUGUGUGACAUUAAGGAGACUCUCAACACGACACACAACCAUGACACAUAUGCACAGAAAACACACACUUUGAGACCAGAAGACGAUCUCAAUAAAGAUCAAAAUGUUGGCAAGAUAAAGAAAGUGUUUUUCUAAACCUACAUCACACCAGACC